AUGGAGCGGGCAGCAGCUGCUGUUGGGCGCACGAGCGUCACGAGGGAACGUCUGGUGGCAGCCAACCGGGACGACAGCGCGGCAGAGCGGGAGCUGCUGGACGAAGCUCUUCGCGUGCUCCACGCUUUCACCCCCACCCAAAAAAUAACGACCAACGCCGACGAUGACGACGAUGACAACAACAACUUGGAGGCGAACAAGGUCUACUUCGCCAAGCAGGAGGGGGCUGUGGAGAAGCUCCUCUCCAUCGUCGACACCUGCAAGCACAACACCAUCCUCUGCUACUACGCCGUCGGCUGCAUCUGGAACUUCGCCUCCACCGACGAGAUGUCGCGCAUUGUGCUCGAGCUGGGGUCUCUCGAGAUCAUGUUCCCGCUGGUGCGGUCAGCAGACCAGGACCUCGUCUCCGCGUCGAUCGGUUGUCUCUGGGGCUACCUCGAAUUCGAGGACGUGCAGGAGCAUGUGGUGAAGAUGGGCCUGAGCGAUACGCUCGUCGAUCUGGCCGGCCACCUGGACCAGGUUUCUGAGUCCGAGCACACUUGCCUGAUUGGCUGCCUCCUUUGUCUUGCCUCCAAUCCGAGGUGCCGGCGGCAUCUGGUGGAGCGGGACGCCACGCAGAGCGUCAUCGCGGCCGCCUCGUCAACGCAAGACAACAUGCUCCGCUACGUGAGUGUCGUGUGCAUGGCCCUUCUCACCCUGGACUCCGAGAGCGAAGAUCGGCUCCUGGCGAUGGGCGUGCUGACCCACGUCUCCUCCUUCCUAGAAGACCUCCAACCACACGAAAUUGCCGAGCUGGACAAAGAGCAGGGGAUGGUGUGGAAGUUCAUUCAGCCGUUCUUCUCGCUCAUGUCCUCCCGCCACGCGCCCAUUCGGCAGAUGAGCGGCUUCAUUCUCGCCACCCUCUCACAGACUGCUGUGCACAGGCCGCUGUUCAAGAGCGAAGAGCUGCUGGGCGAUGUGUUGGCCAUUCGCAUGACCACGGGCGACGCACGGCUGCGGGCCUACCUCGACACGGCGCUCUCGUUUCUGGGGCCGUUGGGCAUGGACGCGCCCUCGCUCCUCGCGCUCUGCGCCUACGGCCACCGCAGCCGCCUCGAGCUCGCACCUCAGCCCCCCGCGGUGGCCCAGACUGUGGCCCUGCUCCCGCAACACCUCCACGAUCGCUUCCUCUUCACUUCACCCAUCUAA